AUGGAGCAUACUCCAGCUCCAUAUGGACCAAGAUCUGUGUAUGGAUAUGCUUUAUACAUAGGAUCGAAUAUGCUCUUUUUUUUGUAUUUGGUCUGGGCUAUAGUGCCAGAUUACAUUUUACAUAACUUAGGAUUAACAUAUUGGCCCUCUAAGUAUUGGGCAAUAGCAAUUCCUAUUUGGGGUUUAACUGCCCUUGCAACUUUUGCAUUUAUCAUUUAUCCAGCUAUAAAUUUAUCAAUGACACCAGAAAUAGAUGAUAUUAGAAGCAUUAGAGACAAAUAUUCACAUCAGAAAAAGGAAACAGUUCCAGGUGGAAUACCUCCUGUGUUCGAUAUUCCAAUAACAGAAGUUUCCAGAAAAUUAUACUUGCCAAGAAAGAAAUAA